CUGUGGGCCAAGAGCCUGUGGGCCAUGAACCUGUUGGAGAUCAGCCUUUGAGCCAGGAACCUGUUGGAGAGCAGCCUAUGGGCCAGCCUUUGGGCCAAGAACCAAGUGAGCAUGUUGGAGAGUUUGUGGGCCAGGAACCUGUUGGAGAGCAGCCUGUGGUCCAAGAGUCUGUGGGCCAUGAACCUGGAGAGCAACCUAUGGGCCAGGAGCCUGUGGGUCAAGAACCUAGUGAGCCUGUUGGAAAGCAGCCUGUGGGCCAGCAACCUGUUGGAGAGCAGCCCGUGGGCCAGGAACCUAGCCAUCAGUCUGUUGGUGAGCCUUUGGGUCAGGAACCAAGCGAGCCUGUGGGCCAAGAACCUAGCGAGCCUGUGGGCCAAGAUCCUAGUGAGCGUGUUGGAGAGCAGCCUGUGGGCCAGGAACCUAGCGAGCAGCCUGUGGGUCAGGAACCUAGCCACCAGUCUGUUGGCAAGCCUUUGGGUCAGGAAACAAGCGAGCCUUUGGGCCAAGAACCUAGUGAGCAUGUUGGGGAGCCUGUGGGCCAGGAACCUAGCGAGCCUGUGGGCCAAGAUCCUAGUGAGCGUGUUGGAGAGCAGCCUGUGGGCCAGGAACCUAGCGUGCAGCCUGUGGGUCAGGAACCUAGCCAUCAGUCUGUUGGCAAGCCUUUGGGUCAGGAAACAAGCGAGCCUGUGGGCCAGCAACCUGUUGGAGAGCAGCAUGUGAUCCAAGAGCCUGUGGGCCAUGAACUUGGAGAGCAACCUGUGGGCCAUGAAGUUGGAGAGCAACCUGUGGGCCAUGAAGUUGGAGAGCAACCUGUGGGCCAUGAAGUUGGAGAGCAACCUGUGGGCCAUGAAGUUGGAGAGCAACCUGUGGGCCAUGAAGUUGGAGAGCAACCUGUGGGCCAUGAAGUUGGAGAGCAACCUGUGGGCCAUGAAGUUGGAGAGCAACCUGUGGGCCAUGAAGUUGGAGAGCAACCUGUGGGCCAUGAACUUGGAGAGCAACCUGUGGGCCAUGAACUUGGAGAGCAACCUGUGGGCCAUGAACUUGGAGAGCAACCUGCGGGCCAUGAACUUGGAGAGCAACCUGCGGGCCAUGAACUUGGAGAGCAACCUGCGGGCCAUGAACUUGGAGAGCAACCUGCGGGCCAUGAACUUGGAGAGCAACCUGCGGGCCAUGAACUUGGAGAGCAACCUGCGGGCCAUGAACUUGGAGAGCAACCUGCGGGCCAUGAACUUGGAGAGCAACCUGCGGGCCAUGAACUUGGAGAGCAACCUGUGGGCCAUGAACUUGGCCAGCAGCCUGUUGGCGAGCCUUUGGGUCAAGAACCUAGUCAGCCUGUUGACCAUGACCCUGUGGGCCAAGAACCUAGCGAGCCUGUGGGCCGGGAACCUAGCGAGCCUGUGGGCCAAGAUUCAGGUGAGCGUGUUGGAGAGCAGCCUGUGGGUCAGGAACCAAAUGAGAUUUUUGGUAAUGAACUUAGCGAGCCUGUGGGCCAGGAACCUAGCCAGCCUUUGGGCCAUGAACCUAGUGAGCAUGUUGGGGAGCCUGUGUGCCAGGAACCUAGCGAGCCUGUGGGCCGGGAACCUAGCGAGCCUGUGGGCCAAGAUUCUAGUGAGCGUGUUGGAGAGCAGCCUGUGGGUCAGGAACCAAAUGAGAUUUUGGGUAAUGAACUUAGCGAGCCUGUGGGCCAGGAACCUAGCCAGCCUUUGGGCCAUGAACCUAGUGAGCAUGUUGGGGAGCCUGUGUGCCAGGAACCUAGCGAGCCUGUGGGCCAGCAACCUGUUGGAGAGCAGCAUGUGAUCCAAGAGCCUGUGGGCCAUGAACCUGGAGAGCAACCUCUGGGUCAUGAGCCUGUGGGUCAAGAACGUAGUGAGCCUUUGGGCCAGCAACCUUUUGGACAGCAGCCUGUGGGCCAGGAACUUAACCAGCAGCCUGUUGGCGAGCCUUUGGGUCAAGAACCUAGUGAGCAUGUUGGAGAGCCUGUUGGCCAUGACCCUGUGGGCCAAGAACGUAGUGAGCCUGUGGGCCAAGAACCUAGUGAGCCUGUGGGCCAGCAACCUGUUGGAGAGCAGCCUGUGGGUCAGGACCCUAGCGAGCCUUUGGGCCAGGAUCCAAGUGAGAUUUUUGGUAAUGAACUUAGGUUCCUGGCCUACAGGCUCACUAUCAAGCAGCCUGUCGGCCAGCAACAUGUUGGAGAGCAGCCCGUGGGCCGUGACCCUGUGGGUCAGGAACCUAGUGAGCCUGUGGGAGAGCAGCUUGUGGGCCAGGAACCAAGUAAGAUUUUGGGUAAUGAACUUAGCGAGCCUGUGGGCCAGGAACCUAGCGAGCAGCCUGUGGGUCAGGAACCUAGCCAGUCUGUGGCCCAGGAGUCGUUGGGCCAUGAACCUGGAGAGCAGCCUUUGAGCCAGGAACCUGUUGGAGAGCAGCCUAUGGGCCAGCCUUUGGGGCAAGAACCAAGUGAGCAUGUUGGAGAGCAGCCUGUGGUCCAGAAACCUAUUGGAGAGCAGCCUGUGGGCCAGCAACCUGUUGGAGAGCAGCCUGUGGUCCAAGAGUCUGUGGGCAAUGAACCUGGCGAGCCUUUGGGCCAAGAACCUAGUGAGCCUGUGGGCCAGCAUCCUGUUGGAGAGCAGCCCGUGGGCCGUGACCCUGUGGGUCAGCAACCUAGUGAGCCUGUGGAAGAGCAGCCUGUGGGCCAGGAACUUAGGCAGCAGCCUGUUGGCGAGCCUUUGGGCCAAGAACCUAGUGAGCAGCCUGUUGGCGAGCCAUUGGGUAAGGAAUAUAGUGAGCGUGUUGGAGAGCAGCCUGUGGGCCAGGAACUAAGUAAGAUUUUGGGUAAUGAACUUAGCGAGCCUGUGGGCCAGGACCCUGGCGAGCAGCCUGUGGGUCAGGAACCUAGCCAGUCUGUGGCCCAAGAGCCUGUGGGCCAUGAACCUGGAGAGCAGCCUAUGGGCCAGCCUUUGGGCCAAGAGUCUAGUGAGCAUGGUGGAGAGCCUGCGGGCCAAGAUCCUAGCGAGCCUUUGGGCCAAGAACCUAGUGAGCGUGUUGGAGCACAGCCUGUGGGCCAGCAACUUGUUGCAGAGCAGCCUGUGGGCCAUGAACCUGGCGAGCAGCCUGUGGGCCAGGAAUCUGUGGUCCAGCAUCCUAGAGGAGAGUCUGUGGGCCAGGAACCUGUUGGUGUGUCUUUGGGCCAGAAACCUAGCCAGGAUGAAGACCCUGAGUGCUCCCAGUCCAAGCAGACGUCUGAGAACCCUUUGACUUGGCGCUAUCCUGAAGUUGCAAAGCCUGAGCACAGGCCUACUGUGUCUGAGCGGCUGAAGCUGGUGGCGGCCAACAGUGUGUCGACUCAGUGUGGGGAGAGUGUGGUCCGGGUGCAGGUGAACCAGGACCUGCUGGGGAUUGGCCGGCUCAUACAGCCAGAGCGUAUCACUCUAGGAGGUUGUGCUGCCACUGAGGAGGACGCUGAAGCUCAUGUGAUCACCUUUGAAUCAGAGCUGCAUGGCUGUGGCAGUGAGCUGACGAUGACUGAAGAUGUGCUGAUCUACACCUUCACGCUUGUCUAUGAGCCAAAACCUUUUGCUAACACUUCUAUAGUGAAGACCAGUGCAGCUAUGGUUGAUAUUGAGUGCCACUACUUGAGGAAUCACGAUGUGAGCAGCAAUGUCCUGAAGCCAACCUGGAUCCCCAACAUUUCCAACAUGGUGGCAGAGGAACUCCUCUACUUCUCCCUGAGGUUAAUGACUGCUGACUGGCAGUUUGAGAGGCCCUCCAACCAUUACUAUCUUGGUGACAUCAUCAACAUGGAAGCCUCGGUCAUGCCGUACCACCACGUUCCCCUCCGUGUCUUUGUGGACCGCUGUGUCGCCACCUUGGCGCCUGAUGUCCACACUGUCCCUAGAUAUUCUUUCAUUGAGGACCAUGGGUGUCUGGUUGAUGCCAAGUUGACCGGCUCCAGCUCCCAGUUCCUGUCCAGAUCCCAGGAUGACAAGAUCCAGUUUCAGCUGGAGUCCUUCAGGUUCCAACCACAGAUUGAUUCCCAACAGCUCUACAUAACAUGUCAUCUGAAAGCAUCUGCAGCCUCUUCCCCCAUUGAUGCUGAGAACAAGGCCUGCUCUUUCACAGAUGGCUGGAAGGCUGCUGGUGGGGAUGACCUGGUUUGUGGCUGCUGUGACUCCAGCUGUGCUGUGAGCAGGGCUAGAGAUCUGGACAGUGAUUUAGAUAUGCAGAAGGAAGGUGAAGUUACCUUGGGCCCUAUCAUGGUCCAAGAGUAAUAUUACAAGAAUCUUGCCUAUUUUUAACUUUUUGAGGAGAAUAAAUCUAUGUUACAAUGUUCA